AUGGCUAUACAAGAGAUUACCAUUGCCUACAAGGAAGAGGAGAGAGGGCCUGACUUGAACAAAUUUGUUCAAAAUCCUUCCUACAAGGACAUGCUGCUUGAAUUAUCCAAGAUGAAAGCUCAGGAACAAGACAUGAAGGAUCUAAAAGAGAUUGGGGAAGCUGUUAUACCAACCAAACUUGAAGACCCAGGAUCAUUUAAUCUUCCUUGUUCCAUUAGUUACAUGCACUUCAACAAAUGUUUGUGUGGUCUAGGAGCUUCAGUGAGUUUAAUGCCAUACUCAAUGGCUGAAAAGUUGUGGUAUGAACAUUUUAAGCCUUGCAAUCUCUAUAUUGGCAUGGCAGAUGGAUCCAAGAGGGAUGUGCUUGGGAUAAUUGAAAACUUUCCAGUCAAAAUAGGGAAGGCAAGAAUCCCAACUGACUUUGUGAUCAUGAAUAUGGACCAAGAGCCAGAAGACCCUCUCAUCUUGGGGAGACCAUUCUUAGCCACAGUUGGGGCUGUAAUAGAUGUUAAGAUGGGAACCAUCAAGCUUCACCUUGCUAAGGACUUCACUCUGAAGUUUGACAUCAAGAAUACUACUCAUCAGCCUACUAUUGAAGGCCAGCACUUUAUGAUAGGAAAAAAGGCUAGUUGUGAAGUUUUUGAGGAAGGAGGAAAUCCUGGGCUUAAAAGUUCAGCCCAAGACAGGACUAUCCAGAAGCUCAAGGGUUCAGUUUAA